AUGCCUGUGCCACCCGCCAGCCUGCGGGCGCUGUUCCUCCUCCUGCUGCUGCUGCUGCUCUCGCCCGCGGCGGCGGCGGCGGCGGCGGCGACAGCCUCUCCCGGGCCCGGCGGAGGCCCGCGGCCUCCCUUCCGCACGUUCGCGGCCGGCGACUGGGCCCUCACGCACCUGGUCGUGCACCAGCGCACGGGCGAGGUGUACGUGGGCGCCGUCAACCGCGUCUACAAGCUGUCGGGCAACCUGACCCUGCUGCGGGCCCACGUGACGGGGCCGCUGGAGGACAACGAGAGGUGCUACCCGCCGCCGAGCGUGCAGUCGUGCCCACACAGGCUGCGCAGCACCGACAACGUCAACAAGCUCCUGCUGCUGGACUACGCCGCCAACCGCCUGCUGGCCUGCGGCAGCGCCUCGCAGGGCAUCUGCCAGUUCCUGCGGCUGGACGACCUGUUCAAGCUGGGCGAGCCACACCACCGCAAGGAGCACUACCUGUCGAGCGUGCGCGAGGCCGGCAGCAUGGCGGGCGUGCUCAUCGCCGGGCCGCCGGGCCAGGGCCAGGCCAAGCUGUUCGUGGGCACUCCCGUGGACGGCAAGUCCGAGUACUUCCCCACGCUGUCCAGCCGCCGGCUCAUGGCCAACGAGGAGGACGCGGACAUGUUCGGCUUCGUGUACCAGGACGAGUUCGUGUCGUCGCAGCUGAAGAUCCCGUCGGACACGCUGUCCAAGUUCCCCGCCUUCGACAUCUACUACGUGUACAGCUUCCGCAGCGAGCAGUUCGUCUACUACCUGACGCUGCAGCUGGACACGCAGCUCACGUCGCCCGACGCGGCCGGCGAGCACUUCUUCACGUCCAAGAUCGUGCGGCUGUGUGUGGACGACCCCAAGUUCUACUCGUACGUGGAGUUCCCCGUGGGCUGCCAGCAGGCGGGCGUCGAGUACCGCCUGGUGCAGGACGCCUUCCUCAGCCGGCCCGGCCGCGCCCUGGCGCGCCAGCUGGGCCUGGCGGAGGACGAGGACGUGCUGUUCGCCGUGUUCGCGCAGGGCCAGAAGAACCGCGCCAAGCCGCCCAAGGAGUCGGCGCUCUGCCUGUUCACGCUGCGCGCCGUCAAGGAGAAGAUCAAGGAGCGCAUCCGGUCCUGCUACCGCGGCGAGGGCAAGCUCUCGCUGCCCUGGCUGCUCAACAAGGAGCUGGGCUGCAUCAACUCGCCCCUGCAGAUCGACGACGAUUUCUGCGGGCAGGACUUCAACCAGCCCCUGGGCGGCACGGUCACCAUCGAGGGGACGCCCCUGUUCGUGGACAAGGACGACGGCCUCACCGCCGUGGCCGCCUACGACUACCGGGGCCGCACCGUGGUGUUCGUUGGCACGCGCAGCGGCCGGAUCCGCAAGAUCCUGGUGGACCUCGCGAGCCCCGGCGGCCGGCCGGCCCUGGUCUACGAGAGCGUCGUGGCCCAGGACGGCAGCCCCAUCCUGCGGGACCUCGUCCUCAGCCCCGACCGGCGGUACCUGUACGCCAUGACGGAGAAGCAGGUGACGCGGGUGCCCGUGGAGAGCUGCGUGCAGUACCCGUCCUGCGAGCUGUGCCUGGGGUCGCGGGACCCCCACUGCGGCUGGUGUGUUCUCCACAGCACCUGCUCCCGGCGGGACGUCUGCGAACGCGCCGACGAGCCCCAGCGCUUCGCGUCGGAGCUGCCGCAGUGCGUGCGGCUGACCGUGCGGCCGCGCAACGUGUCGGUCACCACUUCCCGGGUCCCGCUCGUGCUGCAGGCCUGGAACGUGCCGGACCUGUCGGCCGGCGUCAACUGCUCGUUCGAGGACUUCACGGAGUCGGAGGGCGUCCUGGAGGGCGGCCGCGUCCACUGCCGCUCGCCCUCGGCCCGCGAGGUGGCGCCCAUCACGCGGGGCCAGGGGGACCAGCGCGUGGUGAAGCUCUACCUGAAGUCCAAGGAGACCGGGAAGAAGUUCGCCUCGGUGGACUUUGUUUUCUAUAACUGCAGUGUGCACCAGUCCUGCCUGUCGUGCGUCAACGGCUCCUUCCCCUGCCACUGGUGCAAAUACCGGCACGUGUGCACGCAUAACGCCGCCGACUGUGCCUUUCUGGAGGGCCGCGUCAACGUGUCUCAGAGCUGCGUGGUGUACAACGACACCACCAUGGUGUGCCUCGCGCCCUCCGUGGACAACCCGCUGCGCAGCCCCCCCGAGCUGGGCGAGCGGCCGGACGAGCUGGGCUUCGUCAUGGACAACGUGCGGUCCCUGCUGGUGCUGAACGCGUCCUCCUUCCUCUACUACCCCGACCCCGUGCUGGAGCCGCUCAGCCCCACCGGGCUCCUGGAGCUGAAGCCCAGCUCCCCGCUCAUCCUCAAGGGCCGGAACCUCCUGCCGCCGGCGCCCGGCAACUCCCGGCUCAACUACACGGUGCUCAUCGGGUCCACGCCGUGCGCCCUCACCGUGUCCGAGACGCAGCUGCUCUGUGACGCGCCCAACCUCACGGGGCAGCACAAGGUCACGGUGCGGGCCGGCGGCUUCGAGUUCUCCCCGGGCACGCUGCAGGUGUACUCGGACAGCCUGCUCACGCUGCCCGCCACCGUGGGCAUCGGCGGCGGCGGCGGCCUCCUGCUGCUGGUCAUCGUGGCCGUGCUCAUCGCGUACAAGCGCAAGUCCCGAGACGCCGACCGCACGCUCAAGCGGCUGCAGCUGCAGAUGGACAACCUGGAGUCGCGGGUGGCCCUGGAGUGCAAGGAAGACCCCAGCCUCUCUCCGGGUGAGCCUCGUCUUCUGCUGAUAACAUGCCCAUGGCGGGUGAUGGACACAGCCCCUGACGGCCACACCUGGUCACUGACCCCCAACCUGCUCCCUCGAAGCCCCCAGUCAAGAUACUCGUACGAGGGGAACGACGUCAGCGACCUCCCCGUGAACCUGUCGGUCGUGUGGAACGGCAACUUCGUCAUCGACAACCCGCAGAACAUCCAGGCCCACCUCUACAAGUGCCCGGCCCUGCGCGAGAGCUGCGGCCUCUGCCUCAAGGCCGACCCGCGCUUCGAGUGCGGCUGGUGCGUGGCCGAGCGCCGCUGCUCCCUGCGCCACCACUGCCCGGCGGACGCAGCCUGGAUGCACUCCCGGCACGGGGGCAGCCGCUGCGCCGACCCCAAGAUCCUCAAGCUGUCGCCCGAGACGGGCCCGCGGCAGGGAGGGACGCGGCUGACCAUCACGGGCGAGAACCUGGGGCUGCGGUUCGAGGACGUCCGCCUGGGCGUGCGCGUCGGCAAAGUGCUGUGCAGCCCGGUGGAGGCCGAGUACAUCAGCGCCGAGCAGAUCGUCUGCGAGAUCGGGGACGCCAGCACGGUGCGCGCCCACGACGCCCUGGUGGAGGUUUGCGUGAGGGACUGCUCGCCCCCCUACCGGGCCCUGUCGCCCAAGCGGUUCACGUUCGUGACGCCAACCUUCUACCGCGUGAGCCCCUCCCGCGGGCCUCUCUCGGGGGGCACCUGGAUCGGCAUCGAGGGCAGCCACCUGAACGCCGGCAGCGACGUGGCCGUGACCGUCGGUGGCCGGCCCUGCUCCUUCUCCUGGCAACGGGGGGAUGGAGAGCUUGGCCGGGGUGAUCGCUAUGGAAACCCGGAGAUGGAGGUUACCAUGGAGACAGGGGCCGCCUCCAGGGACUGCCCGCAGAUCCUGCCCUCCACCCAGAUCUACGUGCCGGUGGGCGUGGUGAAGCCCAUCACCCUGGCCGCGCGCAACCUGCCGCAGCCGCAGUCGGGCCAGCGCGGCUACGAGUGCCUCUUCCACAUCCCGGGCAGCCCGGCCCGCGUCACCGCCCUGCGUUUCAACAGCUCCAGCCUGCAGUGCCAGAACUCCUCGGAGCUUGGAGACGCGGUCCGCGUCCUCGCGGGGGACGGCGCGGGCGGGUCCCGGCGUGACCUCACCCCCCGGCCGCCGCAGGAGUGCGCGGGCGAGCCGCUGUUCAUGCUGUACUGCGCCAUCAAGCAGCAGAUGGAGAAGGGCCCCAUCGACGCCAUCACGGGCGAGGCGCGCUACUCGCUGAGCGAGGACAAGCUCAUCCGGCAGCAGAUCGACUACAAGACUCUGCAGGCGGACAAGCACCAGAUCCACGACGCGGACGUUCGGCACACGUGGAAGAGCAACUGCCUGCCCCUGCGCUUCUGGGUGAACGUGAUCAAGAACCCGCAGUUCGUGUUCGACAUCCACAAGAGCAGCAUCACGGACGCCUGCCUGUCGGUGGUGGCGCAGACGUUCAUGGACUCCUGCUCCACGUCCGAGCACAAGCUGGGCAAGGACUCGCCGUCCAACAAGCUGCUCUACGCCAAGGACAUCCCCAACUACAAGAGCUGGGUGGAGAGGUACUACGCCGACAUCGCCAAGAUGCCGGCCAUCAGCGACCAGGACAUGAGCGCGUACCUGGCCGAACAGUCCCGGCUGCACCUGAGCCAGUUCAACAGCAUGAGCGCCUUGCACGAGAUCUACUCCUACAUCACCAAGUACAAGGACGAGAUCCUGGCAGCCCUGGAGAAGGACGACCAGGCGCGGCGGCAGCGGCUUCGGGGCAAGCUGGAGCAGGUGGUGGACACCAUGGCCCUGAGCGGCUGAGCCCGGCCGGGCCUCCCAGCGGGAGGUGGCUCGGGAAGGCGCCGAGCGCGACCCCGGCGGCCCUCGGCCUCCCUCGUCCCGUCCCGCCAGGGCUUUCGCGGGCGUGGAGGUGACGUCACCGGCUGAACCACCGCCGCCACCGUGCCCGGAGCCAGAAGCCUUCACCACGGGACAGGGGACGGCCGGGCCCUCCAGAGGGAGGGGACAGCCAGCCUGGGCCGCGCCCGCGAGGCUGGGACGCGGCGGGGGGGACGCGGGCUCCGUCCUGGCUUCCCCGGCGGCGGAGUCUGAGGGUCCGGGAGGCCACCUGGAGGCCGGCGGGAGGGCGGGCGUCGGCCGCCACCACCGCCGUCCUGAGAUUCACCGCGUGCUCCGCGCGGCCGAGGCCGGGACGCCACGUCCACCCGGCCCCGGAGAGGCCCUCCCGUGGCGGGGGCCACUCGCGGCCCCCGGGGGACCUCCGGGCGGACUGGACUCCCCCCCUCUGUCCUCAGGGCCGCGUCUCUGGGGCCGCAGAGCGCACGACCCCCGUUGUUGUUAUUUAUUCCCCUGCGUGUCCCGCCCACGCUGUCCCCGUCCCUGCAGCCUCCAGGCCGAAGUCUUGGCCGUUUCCGGCCCCUCCAGAGCGGUGUGACCGCCGGGGACCGUUUUUUAAGGGGAAGAGAACCCAGCCGCGUGCUCUCGGCUCGGGCCACCGGGACGGGGCCGGGGC